AUGCAUGAGUUGUCAUGGCAGUAUAUUGGGUUGGGAGAGACCAUCAUGCAGACAUCAGAGACUGGGUCGGACACAGGUUCGACAGUGACUUUACAGACAUCUGUGGCUAGUCAAGCAGCAGUGCCUACGCAAGUGGUACAGCAGGUACCAGUACAACAACAGGUACAGCAGGUACAGACUGUGCAGCAGGUACAACAUGUCUAUCCAGCUCAGGUGCAGUAUGUGGAAGGAAGUGACACUGUCUAUACCAAUGGGGCAAUCCGAGCAACAACUUAUCCUUACACAGAAACACAGAUGUACAGCCAAAACACUGGAGGAAAUUACUUUGAUACUCAAGGGAGUUCUGCACAGGUGACUACCGUGGUCUCCUCCCACAGUAUGGUGGGUACUGGUGGGAUCCAGAUGGGUGUCACAGGAGGUCAACUCAUCAGCAGCUCUGGAGGAACCUAUCUGAUUGGCAAUUCAAUGGAGAAUUCUGGUCACUCAGUGACACACACUACUCGGGCCUCCCCAGCAACAGGCAAUCUGAGCCAUCAAAUGAAACUCCUUAGACACAGUACAAAUCUUCUGCUUCUUGUACUAAAUCAUAAAUUGACUGAAGCUGUCAGUCAGUUCCACACUGCUGCAGCCUUGAAGCUGAUGAGACCUAGAGACAGUAAUUUUACAGUUAAGGCUGUAAAACAUUUUUCUCCUAGAAAUCUUGAUAAACUAGAAGAGUACAAGCCUAUGCAGAAAGUGGAUGGGGUUGCAGAUGGUUUCACAGGAAGUGGUCAACAGACAGGCACAUCUGUUGAGCAAACUGUAAUUGCCCAAAGUCAACAUCAUCAACAGUUUUUAGAUGCAUCUCGAGCACUUCCAGAGUUUGGAGAAGUUGAAAUCUCUUCUCUGCCAGAUGGUACUACCUUUGAGGAUAUCAAGUCACUGCAAAGUCUUUAUCGAGAGCACUGUGAGGCAAUAUUGGAUGUUGUUGUGAAUCUUCAAUUUAGCUUGAUAGAAAAAUUGUGGCAAACAUUCUGGCGCUAUUCUCCCUCUACUCCAACUGAUGGCACUACUAUUACCGAAUCAAGCAAUCUGAGUGAAAUAGAAAGUCGACUACCGAAAGCAAAGCUGAUAACUCUGUGCAAACAUGAGUCUAUUCUGAAAUGGAUGUGUAACUGUGACCAUGGGAUGUACCAGGCUUUGGUGGAGAUUCUCAUCCCCGACGUCCUUAGACCUAUUCCUAGUAAGUUAAAUGCAGACAACUAAGGAAGCUUUUGUUCUGAUACAUUCCACCCAGGAAGUUUGGGGAGGUGACAUUGCAAUCUGGAAUGAUCCUAAUUUUUAUUUAAAUUUGUCAAAUAGAAAACAUGCAACAGAGAAUAUUGCAUGAAAGCAGCCUAGAGCAAAACUGUAGUAAAAGGGGGAAAAUGAUCUGUUUUCCAAUCUUUAACUUUCUUUUUGAUUAAAAAAGCCAACCUAGAGAUGUGCCAGCCCCUAUAAAUUAAUUGUAAGAACACUCCCAUUUCAGGCAACCAUGAAAAAUUAUUUUACUCAAGGACAAGUUCCCCUUCAUAUAGCAAAAAAUUGCUAAAAUCUGUAAUUGCAGAUCAGUCCCUUCCAUAGUUACCUUUGAUGAGAAAUAAAUUUAUCUUGGUCUUCAGUGAAGUUUAAUUUCUUAAAAAAAGCAUUUUCUUU